UUCAACCUUCCAAAGAAUUUCAACCAGCAAUUCAGUGCCUCUGCCACGCUUACAGAGUGUUAGUGUAUUUUAUACCGAGUAAUACCGAAUUGAAUAAUGAAAAUUUCUUUCUUCCUCUCAUUGUUGCAGCAAACAUUACGCUGUUCCUGAUAAAUGUGGCUUCCCUAAUGCAGAAAGUUUCAAGUGGAAAUGGCCGAAAAAGGAAUACGCAAAAAGAAAUGACAAACUCUACGAAGUCAAAAUGAAAAGGAAUCAUUAUCGCCAUUAUUCAAAGCCACAUACAGAGGACGGAGGUACAGAAGGAAUACCGAGGAAAAAGAAUGAAGGGUUGGAGCAAAGCAACGAUGAUCCUCCGAAAAAAUAUAAAGAAGCGAAACAAGAGCUCGAAGAGAUAUCCGAACGAAUCGACAUAUAUUAUUUCGAUCAUGGAAACUCAGCAUAUUAUCGUACGACGGAUUCGCCGCCUGUACUAGCGACAGAAAAGUGUGCAGAGAAGACUGACAGCGCAGCAACAAGAUUUUGGGCGGAAAUAUUCGGAACGAUACACAUCGGAAUCGCAUUCUUAACGGCUUUUGUUCUCCAGCUGUUGAGAUUCGUAUUGUACAGUAUCGUGAGACCGUUGACGGUCGGGACGCUUCAGUUGCUGGCCGAUUACUUCGUCAAGCCAUUACUCUCGAUAUUCUUCAACGCGAUUAUCCAGCCGGUGUUGAUAUUGUUGUACAACGUAGCGACAUCGAUUCGCGAUUUGUGCGAGCCCAUAGCCGAAGCGCUUGGUUUUUUUCUGCGGGAAGUUGCCGCGGUUGUUCGAGCUUUCAGGAUCGUCGAAGUAAAUCGCACGAGCAAUCCAAUCACCGGGGGAUGCACCUGACGCUCAUCCCCUUCUAGGAGUCAAGAAAACGAUGAAACUUCGUGGGAAAAGAGUCAUCAAUGCUUUUUCUUCUCGCCGCGAUGACACUCGAGACAUGAAUUGGAACAAACUUUUAUUAACACCAGGUAUAUAUUUGGUUUUAUUUCAACUUUACAAUAUCAUUAUUGUUUCAUUCUUUGUUUCAUUUCUUUUUAGUAUUUUCUUAUAUUUGUUUUUGUUUUGUUUUUUUUUCCCCCCAUUUUAUACAGACCAAAUAAUCUCUCUUCGUAGCAACUAACUUUGUCAAUUGAUAACCAAUAAUGCAUCCUUCAUCUCUCUCGUAUAUCUUAUACCAUUUAAUAAAUUAUGUACAAUCUCACAAACAACAAACGGAGGAACCUAAUUACAUCAUGUAGUUGUUCACACUUCGCUAUGUACAGGUACUACUUGGUUUCGUCUCUUGUAAUCUUUCGCUUUUGCAUCAUCUUCACGUUUUUUCGCGGUUUUUGUUUACUUCGUUCUUUUGUUAUUUUUUUUUUUUUUUUUUACAGAAUCGUCACUCCCUUUUCCUUCGCUCUUGGAGAGACUAAAACUCCUCUGAUCAAUCGCGUAUGCGCUACUUGGAAAAAUAAAAUAAUAA